AUUUGCAUUGUGUUGCUUGCAUUUUGAAUGCAUUAACUACAAAAUAUAUAUUGAAAGCGAAAUCCUGGAAUAUUAUUAAGUGAAAUCGAUUUUUAGUUUUUAGCGGCGGCCCGGCCAUGUCGUUUCUGUCGCCAACGCUGCGCAUGGAAAAUCUGUCAACGGUGCCCAUCAUGAGUCUGGAUCAUGUGCCCGAGGCGCAGCGCUACAACAAAGACAACAUUGUCGCCCAAUGGUGUGCGCCCAUCAAUGGCAAGAUGUAUCGCAUCGAACUGGAGCACGGCACCACAAGUGGACGCCGCAUGAUCUGGGUCAAUGGUCGGGAAGUGCUGCGUCGCGAUUGGAUGUUCAAGUUGGUGGGCGAGGAUACGUUCGACAUCGAUCAGGCCCGCUGCAUUAUACGGGUCGAUCCAGCGCCAGGCUUCAAGUACGAGUAUUCACUGUACAUUGACGGCAAACCGCAUGCCCAGUACACCGAGGAGCUGACACGUCAGUAUCGCCUGUGGCUCUGCACCUGUGGCAGCGGCAGCGGCAGCGGUCAGGCCGGGUCAACGGAUGCGUCGCAGGAAUACCGCAUUAUGCUCAAGCUGGACACGCUGAGUUUGUAUGUGAACGAUGAGCUGCGCGAGGAGGCGGCCGUCUUUGUGGAGGGUGGCACCGACACCAGCUUCGUGCUGCAGGACACACCAUUUGUAUUGCAGGCACGCUCCAGCGGCAACAAGCACGACGGCAUCGUUCACACACUCCUCGUUAACGGGGUGCCCGUGCCGGAAGCAAAGAUACAGCAAAUCAUGCAGGAACCCGUCUCCAUACUGCAAACGAAUUGAAGUCUCCUAGUCAACAGAAACCA